AUGCAUCUCCUCUUCCGGCCAGCACUGGUGUUGACGCUGGUAUGCUCGCUCGUCGCAGCUCACAGCUAUGACCGCCUCUACAAGCGACAAUCUCAAUUUCAGUACAUCGCCGACGAGCAAGACCCGCUGAAAGCAGCAGCCGACAUCCAGCAAAUGCCCGGCGUACCCAACAGCAGCUCGGACUCGAACCCGGACGACCUGAUCAUCAAGGACGACGGUGGCUCCUCCAACCCGCCUUGGUUGUCGCAAAUCCCCUUUGUGCAGACGCCCUCCGUGGAGAACAUGCAGGUCGCAAGCGGCCAGAUGGGUUGGAAAGACGUUCCUGAGCUGGACGGCUUCACGCUGAACCGCACCUUUCACGUACUGCCGAACCUCACCAUGCCCAUGUACAUCUCGCAAACCUAUCGACCGGGCGAGGACAACAGUCGCAUCCAACGCGCCGUCAUCACCAUGCCAGGAAAGCCCAGAGACUCUUGGAAGUACGCCAACCUCUUCCGGAACGCGCUCACCAUCGCUGCUUCCAACCCGGACAACGGUAUCGUCGCGGAUCAGGUCAUGAUCAUCGGUCCUGCGUUCCUCAACUCGGACGACAAGGAAGCCGGCGCGGUGAAAGACGGCGAGCUCUACUGGCACGGUUCGCAGUGGCAAUCCGGACGGAAAGCACGCAACGAACCUCAGACCAACCUCAGCUCCUACCACGUCCUCGACAAUAUCACCGACUGGAUCUUCCAAUCUGGCGAGUUUCCUUCCAUCAAACAGGUCGUCUUCGGGGGCCACUCGAUGGGGGGUCAAGCAGUGCAACGCUACUCCGUGCUGAAAAAGACCAAGGAGUAUGACGACAACGUGCACUUUUGGGUUGCCAAUCCAGGCUCGUGGGCGUGGCUAGACGAUCAGCGACCGUAUCAGAACGGCUCGUGUCACGGCUGGGACAGUUGGGGUUACGGCAUUGGCAAUGCUUCCAGCAUCAUCGGCUAUGCGCGGCGCGACGUCAAUGCCAGUCGGGAGGCCAUCGUGAACCGAUUUCGCUCGCGCAAGGUGCACUAUGCGGUGGGUCUCGUCGACACUGGCCCCGGUGACACGCACUGUCAAGCAAAAACGCAAGGUGGAAGUCAUCUCGACCGCGGAUCGCAAUUUGUCCUCGCCUUGGGUCGACUCGGUGGGUUCCCAGAGACUCAGAGCUUUGACGUGAUUGAGGGCACUUCACACCAAGACUACCCGAUGAUCCGUGCCGACAAAUCGAUCAGACGCAUCUUCCUCAGCGAUUUCAACACAAGCUUCCCCCUACUGGCGAAUGUGACGAGUCCCGGAGAUCGUCCGCCUCAUUCUCACCACAAUGGCACACACGAAGAGCCAAAGCCCAAGCCCAAAGCGUUCAACACGCCGAAGCUUCGCAUCACCGCAAGCGCCCUGUUGGGUGGAUCGGCGCUGUUCAUUCUUGCGUUCUUCACACUGCUGCCGUACGUAUUCACGGAUAACUUUGAUGAGAAGAGCUACGAGGUGGAGAUGUCGGUGCGGAGGAGGCUGCUUUCAUGA